UGAGCUCAGGAUAUGUAGAACGGGGGGUAUUCAAGCGUCCUCAAUGGCGCACGAUGGCUCCUAGAGUGUAUCAGUGAGAAGUGUAGUGAGGAUGCGAUGUGCAGGCGUCAAGAAGCCGGUUUCAUGUCUGGUUGGAUGCCAUCGUUUUUUAUGGUGUGGUUUUGGAAGCCACUCAUCUUCAACUCGCGCCGCACGCGUUUCUCAACGCAUGCGGGCGGGCUGUAGAGUACUAUUAUCCAGCCACAAUCCGUCUUCCAUGCGACCUGCACAACUUCAUGCUUCAUACUUCAUGGACGUGUCGAUCUCAGUUCUCCCAACCACCGGGCCCUCCAACAAAUGUGCGCUAUCACUCUCUGCGGACAUAGUAAACGUAGCAAGACGUGACCCCCAGAACAAGCAGCUGGACUUUGUUGGGCCAGACAGUGACCCACGGACCGCCGGCAAUCGAUUAGCCACGACACUCCAAGAACUUGAUCCCCAACCUCGCAAGCAAUUUCCCUGGCAACCUGGCCGUGCGUUUCAUUCGCAUUGGUGCCGUCGUCAUUCCAACCCGCGGACCUGAUUACGGAAAAUUCGGGAACGCGAAGGCGAAAUGGCGGACUUGUCCUUCGCAGAAACCCUCGAGGACCUCUCGUCACGGUUCAUCGUCAACUUGCCUGCCGAAGAGCUUUCAAGCAUCGAGCGAAUAUGUUUUCAGUGCGAGCAAGCGUGAGCAUGCCAAUCUCAAUGUCAAUGGCUUCUCGGAAGCGACCACUUUGUCUUACGCUUCAAUGU